GACAAUAUACGAUAAACUAUUGUAAUGUUGAUAAAUUUUGUCCCAUUAACUAAGAAUUCUUUCCUUACGUAUUUGCUUACAACAAGCAAAUGAAAUAAAAUAGCAAUUAUUCUUCCCGUUCCCAAACUAGUGCCAUAAAUUUACUUUUUAGUAAAAAAAGAUAGUGACCAGCUUAUCCGACAAAACAUUAUCGUCUUUUAUUAAAUAAGUAAGUAGAUGUUUUGCGUUAUAUAAAAGUAUAUUAUGGCUUUUCUGUCUACCUAGUGACAGCAUUUUGUCUUUACUGCCAUGCAAAUUACAUAGGUACUCAUCUCAAACUUCUAUCUCUGGCAGAGAAAGGUAAGGAGAUAGUUUCAUGCUUUUUCGCCGUCGAUGCAUUUAUUAAGAAAUUGCCUGUUUUUUUGGCGAGGUCAAGUUGAUUCAGUCCAUCAUUAUAUAAGAAUGCGGCACUAGUUCAUCAGCAAUCGGCCAUACUCAGUACCUACGAUUUAUAACUAUCUCGUAUAGUUGCUUAGAGUAUGGCCAUAUGGUCUACCUGUUUGACAAGUCUAUAUAAAUUGGAGUAAAUUAACAUCUAGCUAGGUUUGUGAAAAUAGAUACCUACAUAAAUAAUGACGCACAGCAUGACAUGACGCUAUGAUUGUAAAUGAAACUACUAAACUUGAUGUAAACUGUUCUAAUGUGUGUUGAUAGUAAAACGUAGGUGCACGUCUUCUCCUGGAAUUUGUUUAUAUUUACAGAGCUAUACAAUUUUAUUUAUACAUAAAGUACUGCCAUAAUUAGGACUAUAUUGUGCCAGCCUAAUUUAGGACUAUAAUAAUCAUGCAAAUAGUGCCUAGGUUGAGUAAGAAGGUAUAAAGUAGACCGCAUAUUCAGUAAUUAACUAAGUACUGUAUACCAACCUUAUGAAUUAAUUUUAAGAGAUUGGGAAAAAAAUGGAAUUUCUUGUGUGACCUAGUAUACCUACUACCCGCUUAAACAAUUAAGAUCCAUAUUCCAUUCAUUACAAAAAGAAUACCUUAAACUUAACAUUUUAGCAGUGUGAGCGCUCUAGAGCCCCAGAUGUCGACUUAACUGUAAGCUAAACAAAAGAUUAGAGGUGCUCAUAGGCAGGUCGCUGGGGCCGCGGCCUCAAAGUGUUUGGAAAUUCUAUUUAUUUUAAUGGGCAGAGGUUGACCGCGCGCAUUCCGUCCGCACGGCGAUGCCGCGCCGGCGAGUCGCGUCUGCAGCGUACCCACACGGAGGCUCCAGCCUACAGCGGGCCUCGGCCGGUACCCGCGCGCCACUAACGUGCCGCAUUCCACCGAGCCGAAGUCGCGGCGCGCCCCGCGCGUGCCUUCGCCUGUGCCUUCGCCGCCGACCCACGCGCCCACUUCGCUUCAGUCAGUCGUACUAGCGCGCCCAUGGACUUAGUGCGCCUCGACGUUAUUCGUCGCGCCUUAUAGCUCACAACAUCGCGCGACUUGUAGUGAAGUGAAGUGCCAAUGGAUGCGGUUAACCAAGGAAUAUAGUGUCUUUACGUGCAGCUGCAUUGGAUUUGUCUAUUCAUGAGCGAGUAACAGUGGUCUCGAGAUGCGACAUGCGUGCUCUGUGUUCGGUUCGCGGGCCGUUGGGCGGAGACACGCGCGCGCUCGGCGCGGGCGCGCGGUUUCUGUCCCUGCGCAUGCCCGGCCAGCCCCAACCUCUCCACUUCGUUGUAGAAGCCAAAGCAAGAGUCAAAGAAUUGAAGUCUUUGGCCAACGCCCACGCACAACUACAAGGCAUGACCGAUACGGAACUGUUUGGUUUAGCAAUCUUGCAAAAUGGAGAAUAUUUGUUUGUUGACUUAGAAAGCAAACUAUCUAAAUAUGCGCCAAAGAGCUGGAGAUCAUCCCACACCCAUGGUUUGGACGCGAACGGGAAGCCGCUCCUUGAAUUGCACCUGGUCGUGCAGUUUCACGUGGAGAGUCCACUGCUCCUGCACGAUGAAAUCGGCCGCCACCUCUACUUCUUACAACUGCGGCAAAAUGUGCGAACACGGGAUGCCUUACCAGCUGAAGUCCUCUUACUGCUCACCGGGUUAGCUUUACAAGCAGAAUACGGUGAUGCAGACACGUUUGAAGAUAGAGACUACUUCAAAGUAGAAGACUAUGCACCGGCAUCGCUUACCGGAGAUUGGGUGGCGGCUGCAAUGCGCGCCUGCCAUCGGGAACACCGAGGCCUUACUAAAUCUGACGCAGAAACUAGAUUCAUACGAGAAGUUUGUCUACUCCCUGACACAAUAAACUCGCAUAGAUAUCGCCUAAAACAGUCGAAAUCAGAACCUGAACCAGGUACGGUGUGGCUUCUUGUCACAGCAAAAGGUAUAAAGAUAUUACCUGAUAACGGACAACUGUCAAAUUUUAUAUGGAGCGCGAUUGGCAAAUUGAGUUUUGAUAGAAAGAAGUUCGAGAUCAGAACCGAAGAAGGAAAAUUGACAUUAUUUUCUUCAAGUGAAGAAAAGUGUAAAUACCUUUUCGCGCUGUGCAAAGAAACCCAUCAAUUCUCUAUGAAGAUAGCCCCAAAAUUCAAUGAAAUCUUGAGAAAGGAAGAAGAGGAGCGUAAAAUUUGUUUUGGUUACUCGAAAUCGUUAAAUGUCCAGUCGAAUCAAAACAAGAGUGAACAAAGAAUAUCAGUUAUAUCAUCUACAAGCUCCAAUACAACAUCAGGGAUUGUAAGUGACAGAGUUCAAUCUGAAGAUGAAUUAGAAAUUAUGAUAGAUUCUCCUCCAGCUCCUUCAACUGAAAGUUUAGCUUUUGCUCAUUUACUAGACAGUUCGAAUUCUUACUUCAUAAGGAAUAUACCUCAAGAUAAUCAACCACUGAGCAAAACGUCCUCAUUGCAACUACAAAAAUCUAAAAUCCGUGUAAAGAAGACUAAAGACGAUUGCGAGAAUGUUAGCAGAAAUGAUAUAACAUUACCAGAACCACAUUCCGUAAACCAGUUGGAAGAAACGACUUCUUUACCUGAUCAAAGUAUUAGCGAAACUUUAACCGAUAGUCCGAGGUCUAAUAAACUGAAAUGCACGGGAUCACAAUGCUCAUCAUCGUGUAGUACUGUCAUAAUGGCCAGAGCGGGUCUAAGUACACUAAGCAGGACGUCCAACGCAAGUAGUUUAGAGCUAGGAUAUAGCCACACUGCUCAAAAUUCUAUGUUAAGUGAUAACAGUACUGUUGGUAUUGAUAUAGAAUAUUCGCAAGAUACAGCGUCCGCUUUAUAUGAUGGGUUAGGUCAACCAGUCACCGUAGCGGCUUCGAGUGAAACCAGCGGAGUCUAUACCAUGAGUAGCUCCGAAUUAACAGCGCGAUCGAAAAUGGGCACUUUAUCAGAAACUAGUAGAACAGAAUAUGAUGGAUCACAUUAUGACAGCUACCAGCCAUCGAAAGAAAAUGAUCUGGCAGACUUCGAUAGUGUUUCGUCAAUACUAAAGAACAAAUCGGAGAGAACUAGUCACACAACCGGCACACAAAGAUUAAAGUCAUCUCAACCGAGUUCAGACUGCGUAGAUGGAGCAGCUAAGUUCCCGAAAACCGAACAACAUAAUAAGGAAAAUGUAUUUAGAGAAAGAACAAACUCAAAUGUUAGUGCAAUCUCAUUUCACGGAGACGGUAGCGACCCGACCGAUAAGAAACAUAAUUUACUAACUGCGAGUGAACUUAGUGAUCUGAUAGUGGGAAGAGGAGUCUAUCCGAAAAGUCAAUCAGUAAGCGACACUCUCGAUUCUGUUUCAGACUAUGUCAGGUUGCCUAUUCCAUUUUCGGGUGACAGCUACCUGCAGGGCCAUGAAGAUACUGCUCCUUCAGACGAUCAUUAUCCAAACAACUCAUUUUUUGAUCGGCCUCCAACGCCUCCGACCCGAAUUGACAGUCGCAAAUUACUAAACUUAUCUCUUCCAAACAUAUUUGAUAUAAAUGGAGAUACGCCAGUCAGACCUCCGUUUCCGGAUAAGCCACCGCCGCCCUACGAGUAUAACCAUCAAACUGUUGCGCCUACUGCUCCUACACCUGCAAAAGCUCCUCCAGCCUAUCCUGGCUCAACAGCUUCGGUCAGAUCUUUAAAGCAACUAGGCGAGAAGGAAGAAGUUGCAGCCCGAGUCGUAACAUCUAAACCUAUGAUAACAAUUUUAAAAGCUGAAGCUGGCGAAGUUAACGCUUCAAGUGAAAGAACGUUUGCCAGCCCCAUGGUCCUGGAACACAAAUUCCAAAAGUUUAAGCGACACCAAGCCUCUAGUCGUCGGGCUGAGAGGUCCAAAUUAGCGCAGGGAAUAAAUAACAAUCUGUCGCCCUCUAGAGAAAUGGCUCAUGGAGUGGACUCUAAUGUGCUAGUAGCCAUGAUGAAGUUGGCUCCUCCUCCACCACUAGCGCGUCGCGCCCGACUACCGCCGCCGCCGCCAGCCGCGAGGCUGCCGCCGCCACCCCCGCCACACAAUCCCAUGUUCCAACAACAACUCUACAGCGACGUGGACUACGUUUACUAUCCCUUACAAGAUCCAGCCGUAUCACAACAAAAUUACCUAGACCAUAAAUUGACUGAAGUUCGCGUAUCAAAUAUGCACAAAAAUGGCCUGCAGUACAGAAGCACACCGUACCUAUCUACUUCCAUGUCUGCAUCGUCCAUGUAUGGAUCGAUCCAAAAUCUCUCGGAUUCUUACGUCCAGUUACCUGGAACGCGAACGAGUUGGUACUCGCUAACGAGCAGAACGUCGCUGAGCAACCAUUCCAUAAAUCUUGAACGGCCGCAACUAUCUGCGCGGGUACCGGACGUUUCGCAUUUCGUGCGGACGAAAUCAGACGAGAAUGUGUUGAAUGCCAAGGAUCCGCCGCCCGUUAAAAUGAGACGGAUGCCUCCGCCUCCCCCGCCGCCUUAUGAAUACAAGAAGAAACUUGUUAAUUACUCAAGGGAAGUAAAACCUCCGCCAACUACGUCGAAUGUUAACAGUGAUGUGUGUGUAAACAAAGUGAAAGACUCUAAUUGUGAUUUAGACAUAAAAACUCUUCGUGAGAAAAGUAAAAAUCUUGAUCUGCCUCUCAUAGCAGCCCUAUGUAACGACCGAUCGUUACUUAAACAAACAAAAGCUUUUGGUGCUCCAAAGUUAACUAGACAGACAGGUAGUGACUGUGAAAGUGAACGGAAGUGUUUAAAGUCUGUUCCGAACGCCACCGAUAACUUAGAUAAUAAGAAUAAACAAGAAUGUAAUGCUAAGAGGGUAAUGACAGGGUCUCAGAAAAAAGUUAUGAUACGAAACCCCACAGAUAAACUUCCAGCAUUGCCGGUUACUGAAAGUCAUACACCGCGAGCAAUGUCGAAUACGUAUGUCAUGCAUCCAACAGUAGCUAAAGUAAAAAAAUCUCAACCGAGCUCAUGACAUUAUGAUAAAUAAACCUACUACUUGUGGAUCCUUCCAGUGCUAUGAUCUUUCAUCCACCGAUUUAAAGACUGAGCUUAAUGCCCCCAGAACUUAAGAUUGGAACCACAUUUGCAUCGAUGUUCUAUUGCAUUUAAAUUAAGUCAAAAUAUUUAAACAAAAAAUACUGCUGUUAAUUUUACGUGACAUUUACAAACAGAGGUACACAUGUGGAUCCUAAUUAAGACUAUUACUUUAAAUACAAUUAAAUAUGUUAAUAUUUAUAAAUACCUAUACUAUUAUACACUUUUUUCCAUGAUUACCUACAAAAUGUGUAAACAAAUUUUAACUACCUUCAUACGAAUUUUAUGAUUUUUAAAUAUUGGAUCAACACAUACCUGUAUUAUAUGAGUAACAUCUGUUAUUUAAUAUAUAUCGACGUAACGUGGCAUGUUUUUAAUUUUUUGAUAUAAAUUUUCGACAUAAGUAUUAAACUUAUUAUACAAGUAUUAGGUAACUAUUUUAUAAUGUCAGAGUCAAUAACUUUGUGGUUGUUAAAAUAAUCUUUCAAAUUUUGAAUUGCUCAAUAGUUUAACAUAGUAUAAUUCCUAUAAUUAUUUAUAGACAAUAUAAAAAUCGUCAUGUAAUACCAAAGUAAUUUGGCGAAUAAAACAAGAAUAACUGUUGCCAAAUAUCAACAACAAUUUUGUACUAAAUUACCGAUAUUGCUGGUAUUUAAUUAAUUAAAGGUAGUUGAAGACUACAAAUCAACCAUGAAUCAUUCCAUAUAAGGGUGUGUUGGAAGUUCCAGAUAUAAACAAAUAAUGUGAUAUAAAAUGUGCCUUUCCAACUGUAUUAAUAUUGUUAAUUAACAAAAGAAUUCAAAAGAAAUAGUUGAUAUAAUUUAAAACACGACAUCCAUUUUCAUGGAUCCAUUACUAAUAUGAAUAAACGCAUAAUUUCAUUCUUGUAUGUUUGUGUAAAAUAUACGUUCCGAAUUCACUAUAAAAUAGUGAAUUAUUGUAAGAAAAUAUUACUUGUGUUAUGAAAUACUCGCUGUUUGAUAUAUUACCUGUUAAAAAUAUGUGUAUCAGAAAUCAUUGCUUGUUGUAAUCAUAGUAAAUGAAAGUGUAAUAAUUUCAACAACUAUUUAUUUACUUUAAAAUCAUAAUGUGUACAUAAUAAUAAA